CACAAACGGGAGAGAAGAGGGACCACAACGCGAGAAGACAUCAGCAGCCGCCUUGCAGACCUUCUGGCUGUCGUCUGCCCACCAGUGCACCUGAUCUGGGCCUGAUCAUCUAGGCGUGACGGCACAUCCGAACCAGCCAUCGGGAGACCCAAGACUCAGUGAGCCAGGCGCCGAGCCGGACCCCGGUAUGUCCUGCGGGGCAGGAUCCUACCCUCAGCUCCAUGAGCAGGCCGUUCACGGCAUCCAGUCGGCCUCUCCCCCUCCCCCUUACGCGGCCUCCCAGCCGCAACACACACACGCCCCUCAGCCUCAGUUUGCUGGCCAGUCUGGCACCCCCUUCCCUCCCACAUCGGUCCCCGCCAUCCCCAUGACGGGCAUGGCGGUGCCACUCAUCAGCGGCACAACCGUGACGGUGCAGACCACAGCGGCCAACGGUAUGCUAAUCAACGUGCCUGCCCGCGUGUGCCUGCCUGGACAAGUGCUGAGCGACCUCCCACCCACACCCAUAUGGGUGAGGUGAAUUGAUGACACACACAAACACACACUCAGAGCGAAAGGAGGCUGUGUUGUUAUCUGUCUGAUGUGUUUUGUUCGCGUUUGUUCUGUCUGUGUGUGUCGUGACUGACCAUCAGGUGUACGAUCCGAGCACAGGCAGAGUUAUGCAGACACUUACACGAAGGGUUAGAGAGAUGACAUACAUCAGAUGACAUCGACAGAUGCAGCGCGGCACGUCGUUGUGCUCUGCUCACGUGCCUGCAGGUGAUCGGCCUGACGGAUGUUCUGCUGUGCGUGUUCACUGGGAUAAUAUGCUUCCUCUGCUGCCCGUGUGCCCACGACACCGACCACUACACACCUGACGGCAGAUACGUCGGCAAGAGCAAAGUCACCAUAUGAUGGAUGGAUGGAUGAUAGCAGCGGGCGGGGAUAGUGGGAUGGUGUCAAGUGUGCCUGUAAGAGAAGGCACCGUGCCACCCAUCUUUGUUUAUGAAGAUGGCUGCAUGAGGCGUCCUGUGGUUGGUAGUGGGCAGGGUGGCUGCUGGUGUGUCUGUGUGUGUGAUGUGCGCAUUCGUUCAAGUCCCUGGCCUGGUGGCUUCUCUGUCUCUGUCUGUCUGUGCCCAUCGCAUGUAUCUUUGUCUGCGUCCUCUUGCCUGGUUGUUUGGUCUAAGAUUGGACAUUGGAGAGCCGAGUGCGGACAGUACUUGGUUCCUCAAUC